CCGCCCAAAAGUAACAAACAUCAAAUUGCAGAAAGAAAAAACAGAGAGAAAAGUGGGGAGAGAGAGAAAGUCACAUGGUGAGUUUUUCAAAGGCUCUAUUAAUUCGCUUUCUCUCUCGUCACCAGGCCCUCUUUCUUUCUCAUCUCUCUUAAAUCAUGUCAAUGCGAAGGCGAACCUUACUCAAAGUCAUCGUUCUUGGAGAUAGCGGGGUUGGGAAGACUUCAUUGAUGAACCAAUAUGUAAACAAGAAAUUUAGCCAUCAGUAUAAAGCUACCAUUGGUGCUGACUUUGUCACAAAAGAACUCCAAAUUGAGGAUAGACUUGUAACGCUACAGAUAUGGGAUACUGCUGGGCAAGAAAGGUUCCAAAGCCUUGGCGUUGCAUUUUAUAGAGGCGCAGAUUGCUGUGUCCUUGUUUACGAUGUCAAUGUAUUGAAAUCAUUUGAUAAUUUGGACAAUUGGCAUGAGGAGUUUCUGAACCAGGCAAGCCCACCAGACCCCAAGACAUUUCCAUUUAUUUUACUUGGAAACAAGAUUGAUAUUGAUGGGGGAAAUAGCCGAGUGGUGUCUGAAAAGAAAGCGAAGGAUUGGUGUGCUUCCAAUGGAAACAUACCCUACUUUGAGACGUCUGCUAAAGAGGAUUACAAUGUCGAUCCUGCCUUUCUCAGUGUAGCCAGAAUUGCUCUUGCUAGCGAGCGUGAACAAGACAUUUACUUUCAGAGCAUCCCGGAGGCUGUUUCUGAGAAUGAGCAAAGGGGGGGCUGUGCUUGCUGACUUUGACGAGAGAGCCCUUCGAGGAACACGUGGCUUUUUCAUUCUUUUUUUGGGUGGAAAUUCAUCUCUAUUGUUUUCCUUACCCUCUUUAUUUUGUUCCCGUAUUUUUGAUUUGCACUCUGUUUCUGUUUGUUCUUUUUCUUUUCUUUUCUUUUUUUCAAUGUCAUAAUUAUUGGUGGCCAUUUCUUUUGUUCUAAUGUACCAAAUGUACACUCACCAUCUUUUUUUGGGGCCCUCCCUCUUGUAACUGUUGAAUUGUAGAACACCAAAUGCUGGUUUGAUUUUGGGUGAUGCACAUUUUUUUAUUCAUAUUUGCAGAGAUGGAACAUAUAAAUUUUGUGUAUGGAUCAGAUAUCAUUUUGGG